CCAUGUUGAGCGUUACCAAAUUAUUUAUUCUAUUGCUGAGCGUUAAGCAUUGUACAACGAUUGCGUCUCCAAGCUUGAAAAUCAGUUUUUCUCAGUUCUCUAAGUUGAUAGCAAAAAAUAAAAUAUGGGACGCCGCAAGUCGAAACGUAAGCCACCGCCGAGACGUAAGCUUAUCCAAAACCUGGAAAGACAAUUCAAUUGUCCCUUUUGUAAUCACGAGCGAUCCUGUGAUGUGAUUAUGGACAAAUUGCGUAAAAUCGGUCGCAUUGUCUGUCGCGUCUGCCAGGAAGCCUUUCAGAGCCAAAUCAUGGCUCUAUCGGAGCCCAUAGAUGUCUACAAUGAUUGGAUUGAUGCCUGUGAAGAAACUAAUUAGCUAUAAUAACUCCUACUAAACAUAUACAUACAGCAGUCAUAUUAUUCUUUGUAAAGGUGAAAAUUUGUAUUCUUUUUGAUUUGUUCACUCGAAAGUAUGCAAUAUCUUCUGUUGUUGCUCCUGAAUUAGCAGAUAAGCCUGAAGCUAUACUUUGAAACACAGUUUUAUACACUGCUCUAAUAUGAUAGUAAGCCAAAAAUAAUUAAAUAUAAAC